AUGGAUCAGGGAAAGAGUAGUGAAAAGAAGAAGGUGAUGGUGGCAAUAGAAGAGAGUGAGAGUAGCCACUACGCUCUUGAAUGGACUCUUGAUAAGCUAAGAGAGUCCAUCGCUGACUCUACUGUUAUCAUCUUCACUGCACAGCCUAAUUCUGAUAUUGGUUAUAUCUAUGCUUCCACUUUAGGCACUGCUCCCGUGGAUUUGGUUACAUCUAUACAAGAAAAUCAAAAAAAGUGUGCAUUACUUCUGUUGGAUAAAGCUAAAGAUAUUUGUGCCAAACGUGGGAUUGUUGUAGAGACGCUGACAGAGAUUGGGGAUCCUAAAGAGAGAAUAUGUGAAGCUGUAGAAAAGCUCAACAUCGACUUACUUAUUUUAGGUAGCCAUAAUCGGGGACCUGUUCAGAGGGCAUUUCUGGGAAGUGUCAGCAACUAUUGUGUGCACAAUGCCAAGUGCCCUGUUCUUGUUGUGAAGAAACCUGCAGUUUGA